AUGGAGGGUUUCGCUGGCGGAAACCCCGCCGCCGAUGAUAUCUUUGGGAAUGGCGACCUUGAGGGCGUUCUCUCGCAAAGCGACGACGAUGAUUUCGAGCCCGCCGAUUCCGAUGUAGAGAGCAGCGAGGCGGACUAUGAGGAGGGCGAUUUCUCCGAAGACCCAGACAUUUCGGGUGACGAGAUUCCCGACGACAUAGAACUCAACGGUGCCGAAAAACCCAACGGGGACAGCAACGACCAGCCCAAUUACAAAAUUGUGACUGACGCCAAUGGUGAUGUGAGAUACGAGUACGAGGAGAUCGACCCCGCCAACACUAUCGGCGAUAUCCCUCUCUCCUUCUACGACAGCUAUCCUCAUAUCGGCUACACCCUGGAUGGCAAGAAAAUCAUGCGUCCCGCGGCGGGAGAUGCUCUAGACUCGCUUCUCGACUCCAUCGAGGUUCCCAAGGACUGGACCGGUCUCACUGACCCAGCUACGGGCAAGCCCUUGCGCAUCAGCAAAGAGGAACUGGAAAUUUUGAAGCGAAUUCAGCUAAAUGAGAUCCCGGAAGAUGGAUACGAUCCUUAUCCUGAUCUCGUCGAGUACUUUACAAGCAUCGAGGAAAAGAUGCCUCUCAGCUCCGCCCCCGAGCCGAAGCGACGGUUUGUACCGUCAAAGCACGAGGCUAAGCGGGUGGCCAAAAUGGUGCGCCUUAUCCGGGAAGGAAAGCUUCUUCCAUAUAAACCACCCGAGGAGAACGAGAGGGAAGAGGAAGAGAAGGAAGAGGCGUGGUACGAUGUGUGGGCGAAUGAGGAGGCCCAGGAGCCCCAUGUCAUGCACAUCCCCGCACCCAAGCUACCGCCGCCGCAGCACGAUCUCAGUGUCAACCCACCCGAGGAAUACCUGCCCUCGGCCGAGGAGAGGAAGGCUUGGGACGAGCAAGAAUCCGAGGACAGGACCAAGGAGUAUUUGCCCACCAAGUACGACUCGCUUCGAAAAGUCCCCGCGUACAUGGAUUUCACCAAGGAGCGAUUCGAGAGGUGUCUGGACCUCGUAUCCGUCAGCCCUACGGGCGAUUGGGUGGCUUCGGGCGGUGAUGAUGGAACAGUUUGCGUUUGGGAUCUCAACGGCCAUCUCGAGUACCGGGUCAAGCUCAGUAGCGACGAGCCCGUUGACGUCGUACGAUGGCGCCCUACCAAGGAUACGUUGAUCAUCGCUGCAGCGGCGGGAGAUGAUGUAUUCAUGAUUGUGCCCGACAUUGGUGUUGACAGCGUCCUUGACAACAGCCGAGAUGUUCUCGAUGCCGGCUUCGGCUAUGCUACCAAUGGGAAGCAGAUGACUGGAGGCAUGACGGCCGAUGGCCAGCGCAAGGACCCACCCGCCAAAUGGGCGAGGCCAGGCUCCCGCCUCGAGGCGCAGGGCGUCCUCCUCAAGGCGACGUUAAGGUCAACGGUCAAGGUGCUCAGCUGGCACAGGCGUGGAGACUUCUUCUGCACAGUGUCCCCCAACGGACAGCGGGGCGCCAUCGCGAUACACACACUCUCUAAGCACCUCACACAAAUUCCCUUUAGGCGCCUCCGCGGGCUUCCGCAAACUGCCCAUUUCCACCCCUCUCGUCCGCUCUUCUUCGUCGCCACGAGACAGGCGAUCCGGUGCUACGACUUGCAGCAGCAGCAGCUCGUCAAGAUUCUUCAGCCUGGAGCGAGGCACAUUUCUUCUUUCGACAUCCAUCCUGGUGGCGACAACGUGGUGGUAGGUAGUUACGAUAGGAGGUUACUGUGGCACGACAUGGAUCUUUCGGCCAGGCCCUACAAGACGAUGCGGUUCCACCCUCGGGCUAUCCGCGCAGUCAAGUUCCACAAGGGUGGAUUCCCGCUUUUCGCGGAUGCUAGCGAUGACGGGACUCUGCAAAUCUUCCACGGAAAGGUGGUGAGCGACCUCAUGGAAAACGCUACAAUCGUGCCCGUGAAAAUGCUCAAAGGUCAUGAAGUUGUUGCCAGCUUGGGCGUGUUGGAUGUGGAUUGGCACACCGCGCAUCCUUGGUGCGUGAGCGCGGGAGCAGAUAGCACGUGUAAACUGUGGUGCUAA